AUGGCUUCAAGUAGCCAGAGAACAGGGCGCCCCUUCCCAGAAUCAGAGGAGGACGCCGCGGCGACAGCAUACAAGCUCGGCGAUCGUGUCUAUGCCUGGUGGACAGGCGUAGACAAUCUGUCCUAUUUCGUUUCCGGCUACGUCGAGUUCAGCGACAACCCCGAGGAUAUGGAUGACAUGGUGUGCAUCCAGGCGACGCAUUCUGCCGAUCCCCCCGAGAAUGGCAAUCUGCCGGUCUGGGCUCUCAGCGGGCACAAGCCGUUGCUCAGGGUGUGGAGGAAGUUCACGUCAAAGAGUCCGCCGUACGGACAGGCCAUUCCGCCCCCUCCACCCAAACUCAAAUCCAAACACAAACCAUCCACUUAA